ACUCCCUCUCUCUCUCUCUCCCCCCGUAAUCUCAGCGGCGGAGCUCUUCCAGCGCCGCGCCGCGCUUGCAUUCUGGCGAGACCCCGAUAGCCUCUGAUUGCUCCUCCGGUGUUGCCUAUGCAACCCGAGUCGAGUAACUUAGGUUAGUUUUCGUUUUCGUAGUAGUUGAGGAGCCGGCCGCCGUGUCCAUCAGUACUAGUUUGGAGAAUCGUGGCCGAGAAAUGGGCCGAAUUUCCGCUCCGGCUGACGCAUCUUCCAAACGGGAGAGUGAAUCCGAGGACGCGCUGUGGUCGGAGGAACACGAGCGCCUUCCAUUAAAACAGCGUAUAAAAUUGCUCUUGGCUAGCAAUCGCUUUCCCAACUCCGAAUUGGGAAUGGCCGUCAUUUCCGAACCUCCAGCUAAUGUUUUUGUGAAAAGUUACAACAGCCAAUGCUACUCACAGGAGGAAAAGAUUGACUGUUUCAAAGUGCAACAAAAUGACACGGGUGAAAGGAAAGAAGAUAUGCCUCGUGCUGAAGGAGAUGAGUGCAUGUGCCAGUUGACUGCUGAUGAUAUUAUGUUUGGAAAAGUUGAUGCAGCCAACGACACUUUACUUCCACAAACAUUUUCACCACAACAUCCCAUAAAAACUAAUGAUUCUAAUGCCAAUCCAUUGAAAAACAGCACACAGUUUUCAUCUGGUUCAUAUAUGGAAACAGUGAAGAUAAAGAAUGAGAUUCCUAAUGUCUAUUUGGAUGAUCUUGAUUUUGUCAUUCUGAAAGAACGAAAAAGAAUGCUGCUUUCAAGGAAAUCACCCUCAUUGGAAAGGAAAACUGUGGAGGGAACCUUACCGACACUUUCUAGCUUAGUUGAAGAUUGUUUCAUGCAUGGUAAUGGAAUAGGAAAGGGAGAUGAUAGGGACUUUCAUAUCGCUGGAGGUCACUAUAAGACAUCUGAUUUGUCAAAGUAUGAUCAAACUCGACCAGAGCAGGAAUCACUUCAUGAAUUGGAUCUUCCUUCUCACAGUAGUAACACUAUUCCCGCUAUGGUUAAUGUCAAGGUUGAACCCCUAGAGAGGAUUGAGUUCGACACCACAGGAAAGCAUGCUGCACAUGAUCCAUCAUGCAAUUUCUCCCUUCCAAUGAAAAGAGAAGUCCAUUUUGAUUCAACUAUAAAUAAACAUGCUACAGGGAUUCCACUAUAUAAAUUCUUCCUUCCAUUAAAAAAGGAAGUCCCUUGUGAUUCUAUCAUAGAUGAACUUGACCACAUGCCGCUCAGAGAGCGGUUGAAACUAUCUUCACAAAAUGUAAUUACUUCAUCAGGAGGUAAUGAAAUAUCGGCUUCUUUCAGCAAAACAGUGCCCUCUAAGAUUGAUUACACACCCAUUGCAUCUGCAGCUGCUAAAACGAAAAAAAUUUACCUCUCACGAAAGCGGAGAAAAACCACUACUGAUUCAAUUGAACAAGCACUGGAGGAAGAUGCUCCUGGACUCCUUAAGGUACUGCUUGAAAAAGGUGUAUCGGCUGAUGAAAUCAAACUAUAUGGAGAACCUGAAAGCAAUGAGUCCCUUGAUGAUCUGUCCACGGAAGAUAGCUUCUCUGAGCUUGAAGAGAUUGUAUCAAAGCUUUUUUCGCAGCGACAUUCAAUGCUCAAAAUUCAUUCAAUGCACAACUCAAAGGGAGAGAAGGCUUGUUAUUGUCUGGCAUGCCUAUUUUCACUUGUGGAACAGGCGCGGUAUUUAAAACUCAGAAAGUGGCCCGUUGAGUGGGGCUGGUGUCGAGAUCUCCAGUCAUUUAUAUUCGUCUUUGAAAGACACAAUAGGAUUGUUCUUGAACGCCCUGAAUACGGCUAUGCAACAUAUUUCUUUGAACUGGUGGAAUCCAUACCGAUAAAUUGGCAGAUCAAGCGAUUGAUAACGGCUAUGAAGCUCACUAGCUGUAGCAGGGUCUCAUUACUGGAAAACAGAGCACUCUUGGUAGGGGAGGACGUUACGGAAGGAGAAGCGAGAGUGCUGGUGGGAUAUGGCUGGACCCCAAACACUGGAUUGGGCUCUAUGCUCAACUAUUGUGACAGAGUGGUUCAUGACAGAAGGCAACGGGAGAAAGAUAGUUCAGAAUGGAGGUCCAAAAUAGGGAAGAUGCUCAUUGAUGGGUAUAAUGGUGGCAAAUUCGUUCCAGUAGAGCUCCCGUCGGUUCUUGCUCGGUACGACGUUGCAGAUGACACUAAAGUAAAGAUGGAGUUGGACGAUGUGGCGGAUCACACUCAAGUGAAGCUAGAACUGGAUUAACUGCAGAUUCAAUUUGCUUUCUUUUUUAGGCAAGUUCAAAAUUCUUCUGUGAUUGAAGCAUGAACAUUGGUAGUUUAGUUUGUGAAUGCAUUAUGAAAUGUAAAAAAAGAACAAAAUCUUUGUCGCCUU